GAUUGGCGGGCGCGCGCGUGGGCGAGGGGCCGGCGGGAGCGGCCGUUGCUGAUUGGGCGGGGGCGGCGCGAGGAGCGAGGGUGUGUCCCCGGGCACGAGGCGCGGGUUCGGCGGCCGGAGCAGCGGCGGCGGCGGCGGAGGCACCAACGGGCGGCGGCGGCAGCAGCACCGGCGCGGGGAUGCUGAGCGAGGCGGAGAGCGGCGGGGCCCUUCCCGCCACCGGCGAGAUUCCCGCGGGGGAGCCCGCGGCCGGCGUGGCCAAAGCGGCGGCGCCCACCGGGGGCGUCCCGGCUCGGAGCCAGGCGGCCAAGCGCGUCCUAGCCACCCAGGUACAGGGCACUGUGAAGUGGUUCAACGUCCGCAAUGGCUAUGGAUUUAUAAACAGGAAUGAUACCAAAGAGGAUGUGUUUGUGCACCAGACGGCGAUCAAGAGAAACAAUCCUCGCAAAUUCCUGCGAAGUGUUGGAGAUGGGGAAACGGUGGAGUUUGAUGUGGUGGAAGGCGAGAAGGGGGCCGAAGCAGCCAACGUCACCGGCCCCGGCGGGGUCCCCGUGAAAGGCAGCCGCUACGCCCCCAACCGCCGUCGCUUCCGCCGGUUUGUCCCCCGUCCCCGGCAGACCCAGAUGCCCCCAGAUGGUGCCCGGACCGAGGGGGGUGCCGAGACGGUCAGCGAGGGGGAGAGAGCGGACGAGGCGGUACAGCAGCGCCCACGCCGGAGGCGCCCCCCGCCUUUUUUCUUCCGCCGGAGAUUUGUGAGGGGGCCCCGGCCUCAGGCCCAGCAGGCCCAGAUGGUGGAAGGCUCUGACGGCGCAGAUCCCAAAGAUGCCACCCAGCCUGAAGGAGACCAGCCUCAGCAGAUCCAGGCGGGCGAGAGAGCCGCGGCACCUCGGUUCCGCCCCAGAUACCGCAGACCUUUUCGCCCCCGUCCUCCGCAGCAGCCCACCCCGGAGGGAGGAGACGGCGAGACAAAAGCCGCCCAGGCCCCAGCGGACGGGAUCCGUCCGGAGCCUCAACGGCAACGUAACCGGCCUUACUUCCAGCGUCGACGCCAGCAGCCAUCUGUGGCUCGCCAGACGGCCACUGAGGCAACUGCCAAUGCAAAGGAGCCGCCGGCCCCCAGCUCCGCAGCGGCCGGGGGGGACACCCCAGCUGCCAGCACUCCUGUGAUGGCUCAAGACACUGUGGUCGAAGCCAGCAAGCCUGCUUCCCCAGCCCAGGAAGGGGGUGCUCAGCCCCUGCUGGAAAUCCAGCAACAGCUUGUGGAUAUUUCAACACCCGAGCCAGGGGGAGAGCUCGCCCCCGCUUUACUGGCAUGAAGAGCCUGCACACACCGAGGGGAUGCCGAGAGCUGUGAUCUGGUAUCCAGAAUGUGCCUCCAAACCCAAGUUACCUCAUCCUGCACUUGAAGAGACCCCAGACUUCACCAAUUAAACCCUCUUUGCUGCUGUUCAAGCCCUAAAAUGUUAAAAAAAGAAAGAAAGAAAGAAAAAAGGAUAAACCUGACCGGGGUGGGGGGAAAAAACUUUGCUUUAAAAAAAAAACAACACUUCAGAGGGGUUUGUCUGUUUCCUCCCCACAGUUUUGCCAGUUUAAAAGGGAAAAAAAAA